AUGAAUUGAACAAAUAAAUAAGUUACAAAGGAGAGUCUUUCAGCAAGAGUGGUUGAUAGACAACAAGUACAUAGAACAAUAUCUAAAGAAGAGAUGUUGCAUUUGUUUGCCUUUGGUGAUGAUGAAAGCCUAAAUACAUCAAAUAAUAAAGUCGAUCAACUCGAUGGCAAUGCUGCUACACAAUUCAAUCCUCUUCUUCAUGCAACUGUUUCUUCCGACAAGUUCAUGGAAGCAUUACUCAGUAAACAUCACCCCAAAUGGAUUGCGAAUUAUCACGAACAUGAAAGUCUCCUCCAAGAAAACGAAGAUGAAAAACUAUCAAAAGAAGAACAAGACAUGGCAUGGGAAGUAUACAGAAGAACCCUAGAAUGGGAAGAAGUGCAAAGAAACCCGGUUGAAGGGCCCACACCCGUUUUCAAACCAACCAACAACGAGGUUGAACCCGAACCCAAACCCGAACCGAAACCGGAACCUAGAACCAAGAAGCCACCUCGGUGCACCCGGGUGUGUUCAAGGGACCGGUUUGUGCUAAGAAAAUGUACAAACUUAGCCCAUAUGUUAACCUUAAGGAGCCAAGGUGUGAAACAAGGGUGCACCACUAUUUGUGGUGAAUGUGGGCAUGAAAUUAGUUGGAAUGGUGUUAAAUAGUGGGUGAAAAAGAGUAGGCAUAUUUUUGAGUAAUUAUCAAAGAAAAGCUCCAAUUUUUAUGAUUAUACAGUGGACAUGAAGUUGAUUGGAGUUUUAAAGAUGGUGUAAAAGUUUUCUUGGUAUAUGUUGUUAUGGGAUUUUAGCCCCAUUUUGUGGUGACUCUGACUUUAGUUAUCGGUUUAUAGAAUGUGGAAGGGUUGGUCUUAUAGUUGCAUUAUUUUUGGAGAGUUUGGUAUAAAAG